AUGGCGUAUCCGGUCGUGGAAUUUCGAAUUCUAGGUCAGGCCUGUGUGUGUAGUCUAGACAUAGUUGAUCAGAUACUGGGUUGUAAUGCAACAUCGAAGGGUGUAGGAAUGCAUCCGCCUUCUCGAAAGUCAAGCAGAAUGGAUAGCGGGAGCAUUGGUGGUAACGCGGAUUGGAAUGUGGAUAUGAUAGCUAUGCCAAAGCACAAGAAGAAAACCUCCCAGGAUGAACCGCCUCCACGCCCAAAUCGUCCGCCAGCUGUUUUGCAGACUACUGCCUCCAUUGAGGGCUUCCAAUGCCAACGGCCCCCACACAUGCACUCAUAUUUACCUGAAGGGUGCUCUAAAUUCUCUCGUCUGGAUCUAGACCUGGCACUGAGAGGUGACAGUGGAUGGUUUAGUGCAGUAGAAGAUGCACUCGGGGGUGGAUUGUCCACGCUGCUUCGCCUCGAAGAGGCAGCGUUAUUUCUCUCAGAUUGGGGCGAGAUUUUCGAAAACGGAGUAGUUGAUUCGUCUACUCCUGACCUCCUCUAUACUGAAUUCCGUGGCAAUUAUAUGCCUGUCGUGGUGGUAAUGCCGUUAAAUCUCGAGUGA